AUCAACGGUGGAGAUGAUCUCUGUAUACGCCGUCUGUACGAGGAAGAUGGUUGUGGAGUGGAUCUCUCACUCCUCUCGAGAAUAUUCUUCCAGUAAUGCCGCAUUCCCUCUUCUCCUCCUCGUCUGGAGAAGAUGAUGACAAUGGCUGCUUCCUUCGAUCUCCCCAUCAUCUUCCUCAUCCUCUUCUCCUCCCUCUUACACUCGGCUGGCCGGAUUCCCACCACUCUAGACGGCCCGUUCUCGCCGGAAACCCGCCGGUUCGAUCCCUCCCUCCGACGCGGAAGCGACGAUGUGCCAAUGGAAGAUCCUAGGCUUGCCAAGAAGGUAGGGUCCAAUUUCCCCGAGCAAAUAGCUCUUGCGGCUUCCUUUUCACCGGAUUCGAUGUGGAUUUCCUGGGUCACUGGUGAUGCGAUGAUAGGGAAGAACGUGAGGCCGCUGGACCCGUCGUCGGUGGGAAGUGAGGUUUGGUAUGGGGAGGAGAGCGGGAAGUAUACUUUCGUGCGGAAUGGAACGGCCAUGGUUUACAGUCAGUUGUAUCCGUUUGAAGGGCUUUUGAACUAUACGUCGGGAAUUAUUCAUCACGUCAGGCUUGAUGGCCUUAAACCCGAGACAAGGUACUAUUAUAAAUGCGGGGAUAGCUCUUUAAAGGCUAUGAGUAAUGAACAUUCAUUUAGAACUUUUCCAUUACCUGAUGUGGAAAAAUUUCCACACAAAAUAGUACUGGUUGGAGAUCUGGGCCUUACAAGCAACUCAACCACAACCAUUGCUCAUCUAGUCAAGAAUGAUCCGUCCCUGAUCUUAAUGGUUGGCGACUUGACUUACGCAAAUCAGUAUCUGACCACGGGUGACAAAGGAGUUUCCUGCUAUUCUUGUUCAUUUCCAGAUGCACCAAUUAGAGAGACAUAUCAGCCACGCUGGGAUGGAUGGGGAAGGUUCAUGGAACCCCUUACAUCAACGUUGCCUAUGAUGGUGAUUGAGGGGAAUCAUGAAAUUGAAACCCAAAUUGGUGGAAUGAAUUUCAGUUCCUAUCAGACACGAUUUGUUGUCCCUGCACGAGAAAGUAACUCCAACAGCAGCUUCUACUACUCAUUCAAUGCUGGUGGGAUCCAUUUCAUCAUGUUAGGUGCUUACAUCGACUACAACCAGACUGGUGCUCAAUAUGCUUGGCUGCAGGAAGAUUUGCUCAAAGUUGAUCGACGAGAAACUCCAUGGGUCGUGGCUGCUUGGCAUCCUCCUUGGUAUAACAGCUAUUCAUCUCAUUACCAAGAGUUCGAAUGCAUGAGGCAACAAAUGGAAGGGCUUCUGUAUUACUAUCGUGUUGAUAUUGUCUUCUCUGGUCAUGUCCAUGCUUAUGAACGUAUGAACAGAGUAUACAACUAUACAUUGGAUUCAUGUGGACCAGUUUAUAUAAAUGUAGGAGAUGGAGGAAAUAUUGAGGAAAUUGACGUUGAUCAUGCAGAUGAUUCUGAAAAAAAAUGCCCUUCGCCGGGUGAUAACAUUCCUGAAUUUGGAGGUGUCUGCCAUAUCAACUUUUCGUCUGGCCCAGCAAAGGGCAAAUUCUGCUGGGAUCGGCAGCCAGAAUGGAGCGCAUUUAGAGAAAGCAGCUUUGGUCAUGGAAUUCUUCAGGUGAUUAACUCCACAUACGCUUUGUGGACAUGGCAUCGAAAUCAGGAUGCUUAUAAAGAAAACAGUAAAGGAGAUCAAAUUUACGUUGUAAGGCAGCCUGAGUUGUGCUUACCAAACCUCGUGAAGAUUUCUUCAAAAAAUGAGUCUUCUAGCAGCAGUUCAGUAUUCAAGGCAUCAUUUGCUGGGUUAAUGGUCCCUUUCAUGCUUCCUCCUAUCUUUUAGAAGUUAUUUUUGCAUCGGCAGAGUUCAUCUUCCACAUUUUUUUAAGUUUGGAAAAUUAUGUAAAUAAUUAUAAUUUUUUUGUCAAAAUAUUCCUUACAUGUGUGGGUUAAUGGUCCCUUUCAUGUGUGGGAUAAAUCAAACAAAAUAAUCCAUUGCAAACACACAGGCUCAAAAUAAAUUUCUAUAAUACAAUCUAAAAAGGUUGGCUAAGAAACUCUGACCAAAAAUACAGAACUUCAAUACAUCUUUACAAAAAAAAAGGGGGCAUUUACAAACAUACCACUCAAUUCUUAUUAUGUAUCU